CAGGACAGUAGUGAUUCUGGCCGAUACGAGUUCGGGAGGCUGAUUCUGAAAAUAAUGUUUCUUCCUCAGAAGAAUUUCAUUGCAGGUCACAGCUAACUGGUGACCACGACGGGUACCAUAGGCAUAGAAUGCCCGGGUAGUGCCCGGGUAGUGCCUCUGUACGACCUGGUACUUUAUGGCCAUGGAAAUUCUGUAGGGUCACGGCGACGUCUUCCUUCCUGCGCGAAUCCAUUUUCCGAUUUCGCCAGAUGAAUGCAGGCUUUCGGACUUCUCUAAAAAACGAAGAGAAAAGUCCAAGUCCCAGGAGAACGGCUGUAGAGUAGGGCAAUAGGGGCGGACUGUCGAUUCUCAGAGCGUUGUAUUAGCUUGUUACUGAGGCAGAAUUUCGUUGAUCAGAAUCAUGGAUGGACCUCUCGUGCUAGCGUUUAUUCUGCUGGCUGCGAGCAGCGGUGUGAUCGGCCGCAGUUCCAGCCUGCACAAGACGGAGUUCAUUCGUCACUACGACACAGUUCGACUGCGUCCGCUGGUCUUGGCCGCCCUGAAGCAAGUCCAUAAAGGGCAUCCGGUCAUGGCACUCUCGUUCACAGCGCUCGGACGGGAUUUCACGCUGAACUUGCAGACGCAAAACAAUCUCUUCACGGAUUCGGCCAGCCUAUGUCUCAUAUCCGACACAGGCGUUGCGUACAAAUCAGUUAACAAGGCGAUGUUCUACACCGGUACAAUGUCAGGUGAACGCUGGAGUUCUGUGCAUGGUGCCGUGAAAGCUGGACUGUUCCAUGGAGUGGUGCACACACACACGCACCACUAUCAUAUGGAGCCGAUGGCGUUAUUCGACAACGUCACGGCGAGUGGCGAAGGGCACGACACGAUUGUGUACGACGAGAGGCAUGUCGCCUAUCCACAUCCCUUUCAGCACAGCUGUGCUGCUAGCAACUCGACACGGUUGCGUCGGAUUCAGGAGUCGGCACGCACACCUCACCCACUGCCGCCAUUGGAUGCCAACCGGGUGCGUCGUCGGCAGAAGCGUGCGUUCGAUGAAGAAAAGAAGACUUGCCGUGUCACUCUAGUUGCCGAUUAUACUUUUUUUACUGAAGCAAUGAAUCAAGAUGAAGCAGACACGCAGGCGGAGCUGGCUUUCCACCUCAAUGAGGCAAGCAGGAUGUUCUCCGCCACCGACUUUCUGAUUCCCGACUCUGGCCAGGAGGUCACUGACAUUAACUUUCAGAUUCACAACAUCACCAUCUACAAGACGGAGCCCAACCGCUUCACCGGUGAGUUUGGCACUGACGACAUGCUGAGUGCGUUCUCUGCCCUGGACUUUGAUUCGGUGUGCCUUGCCCACCUGUUCCUGCACCGUGACUUCAAGAACGGCGUUCUGGGCCUGGCAUGGGUGGCUAGCCCCGGUGGAUCUAUCGGCGGCAUAUGCCAGAAGCGCACGCGUACCAGCAAUGGUGAUCUGAAUCUCAACACUGGCUUCACGACAGUGUACAAUUUCAAUGCCCGCGUGCCACGAAGCGUCUCGACGAUCACAACCACGCACGAGUUUGGGCACAACUUUGGCUCGCCGCACGACCCGGAUGGUCCCUGUGUGCCAGGCGGCAGCGAUGGCAAUUACAUCAUGUACUACAGUGCCACGGACGGCACAAAGCCCAACAACCAGCGCUUCUCGACUUGCAGCAGAACUAGCAUGGCAGCCGUACUCAGCACAAAGGCGACGUGCUUCGACAUCCGGCGCGAAUCCAGCACGUGCGGCAAUGGCAUACGGGAGGGCGCCGAGGAGUGCGAUUGCGGAUCAGAUAACAACGAAACGUGCCGCGCCAAUGACCCGUGCUGUCGCCCCGGUAACUGUACACUGCUGCCCGGCAACCCGUGCACGGCCAAGUGGGAUGUGUGCUGUCGAACGGUGACGUCGCCACAGAACGUCACUAUGUGUGUUCUCGCGGGAGAGGAGAAGCCGUGUUCCUACACGGACGAGUGUCAGCUGCAGCAGUUCUGCAACGGCGAGAACAAGACCUGUCUGCCGUCGCCGACGCCCGACGGCACGCUCUGCAAUGGCAACCUGUCGACGUGUAGCGGCGGAGCGUGCAGCGGAUCGCUGUGUGCCGUGUACGGCGCCAACGCCUGCGACUGUACCACGCCGGGCAGGGAAUGCGACCUGUGCUGCGUCAUCAACUCCAACUGCACCAGCCUCCGCGACCCGGGCCUGCCGUUCAAUCUCAGCACAGGCGUUUCCCGUCCGGCCAAUGCUCCCUGCAAGGACUACACGGGGUACUGUCGAGUAGACGAGGACGCGGUGCGCUGCAUCACCGUGGACGACAAUGACCCACUGGACGAUCUCAAGGACAUCUUCAACACGAUAACGGUCGGCUCCAUUCUCGAGUGGCUCAAGAAACACUGGCCGGAAACCCUGGGCGGAUUCGGCGGUGCAAUUGUCCUCUUCAUUUUACUCAGAGUGACGUAUCGGCCGAAGAAGCUGGACGAUCCUAGCCGGCGAGGUGAGCUAGAGGAAUCUGUUCCUCUCCUGUCUCGGCGGUCUUGAUCAGUUUGCGCAAGCCAUCAUUUAUGGAUCUCUCACUUACAUACAUGUACAUGUAGACAGUAGACUAGCAGUGUUUUCGUGGACCUAAAACUGGGACAAUGUGAUUUAUGGAUGUGACAUUGCGUAUAAUUAUAGUACUUGAGUGCUACUCAUUUUCUGCUAACAACCCCCCCCCCCCCCCCCCCCCAUAAAUCAUGGGCUGUUGCUUUUGCUCCUUGACAAACAUGCUAUUUCGAAACAUAAUCAUACCCUAUAACGCAUGUAUGUACUAAAUAUGUACGUGCAACAGUCCCUAACUCUAGCCACGGUUUAUGGACUCUUGCACGCCACUGAGCAGCUGCAUUUUUGCCGAAACAUGUACCAUUCUUUAGAAAUAAUAUAUCUACCAGUAUUAUAGUAGUUUUGUCAUUAUUUUGAAUCAUGAUCAAGAUUGAGGGACGCACCAGCUGGCAGAGCAUUUCUGCUGCACAAACAUUUGUUUGAAUAGUCGGUUUACUGUGA